UUUACUCAGAGAAACCCAAGCAGGAAACAGGAAAUGUGCACGUUCCUGCAAACUAGGGAGAAAUUAACACAGAGCAUCAUGUCUUAUCACAGAAAAAGCAAUAUGCACAAGCAAAAUGUCAUGCUGUUUUCUGUCCUGUUUCUUGCCGCAGGAUCCACCAGUUAUGGUGAUGGACAUGGAAUGACUCACUCACCACAUGGAUUUUCUUCAGGCCUCCAGGAUUAUACUCAUAGACUGGCUCACCUCUCAGACUCUGAAACAGAAGAAGAUAAUUCAGGAGACAGUCCACUAUUAUCACCCAUUGUUAUAACAACUCCUAGUCCAGAAAGAUCUACUGCACUUUUUACAGCUGCCCUUACCCCUGAUCUGAAAUCUUCCACCACACCAGAAGAGCCCGAGUUAGGAUUUGAAACAGGAAAUAAUGCAACUACUGAGUCAAAAGAUGAAAACAAUAACAACACAGAAAUGGAAGGUGUUAACCCAGCCUUAAUAUAUGGCGUCCCUGCAGUCUUACUCAUUGUAUUAAUUCUGCUGAUCAUUUCUUUUGUAAUAUGGCACAAAAAGAAAAAGUCUAAGCAAGAUGAACUGGAAAGUGAAAAUGUCAAAAGUCCUAUUUUUGAAGAAGAUACUCCCUCUGUUAUGGAAAUAGAAAUGGAAGAACUCGAUAAAUGGAUGAAUAGCAUGAACAAAAAUGCUGAAUCUGAAUGUUUGCCUACUGUAAAAGAAGAAGAAAAGGACUCAAAUGCCAAUCAAAGCAUAUAUGCAGCAAUUGUGAAUCUUGAUGUCAAAAUGGUGCUGAACUGGUUAAUGAGAAGCUGCAAGCAAAGCUCCUAGUCCCACAGAUACUGAAUAAACUGGAAAUGAACUUAAUCUCCAACAGCCAGAGAAGCAAAUGCUUUUGUGUUUUCCUGCUUCAUGAAUUCUGGAUAAUGAACACAUCACCAAGAAAAAAAAGCAUAGAAAUGUGUUACAUUAAGAUUGAGGAUCUGAUUUAAACUUACAUUGCAGUAAAAUUCAACAUUAAUAGAGAGAGACGCUUCCAUUAUCCUUUACCUGUGCAGGUUGUGGUAUGUAAGUCCACUCAGGUAGCUGUUUUUGUAUCCAUGGCUUCAUAGUUUUGAAUGUCCUUGUUUUAGUCAGCUUAAAUCAGACUCCUACAUUCAUGCCCAUGCAGGGGUUUUUUUUAAAUUUAAUUCAAUUUUUCAUCAUAGUGGAAUAAUUUGUAUAGGAUUCUCCCAUUGGUGAAGUAAAAAGCUAUGACUGACACCAGAUUUGAUGCCAAAUAAAUUAGACUACUGAAUCUACAUUACAGAAGAACGCCUGUAAAGCAGGCUGCAGCCUAAAAGGAGUAUAGUAUUUCUAAAGUGCUUUGAGAUUCUUAGAUGAAAGGCACUACAGACUGGAAAGUAUUACUUUACUUAUUAUUUAAAGAUUUCCUCAGUUACUGGGCUACACACUAUAAUUCUAUAUAUUCAGAGCUGUCCUCUCAGCAGUACUUUCCACUCAGGGCUUUAUCUAAUAACAGUAAACUCCAGGGCUAUUUAAUUUAAGGUACUUUCUUUGUAAAGCAUUAUGAAAUAUCAGACAACUUGGUACCAACUUAUACUGAACACUGCACCUGAAACUUCCUGGCCAAGAUAUUCAGAAGUAACUCCUGAUUUCAGCUGCUUCAAUUUUUGAGUACCUAAUUUGAGAUGCUUUAAAGAACUGAUUGUGAAAGGAUGGAAGCCCAGAACACUCUCAAAAUUGGGUCUCUUGAGAAGUUUAAAAACAAGAAUCCAAAGAUCUUGGCACCCAAGAAUUGUGCUCAAUUUUGUUUUUUGAACUAGUACUUAAAAAAAAUAUGUUCCAUGUAAAAUUUGUUUCUUAAAAGGUAGAGUACUAGUUAUCCUUUCAUAGCAAUGCUAAUGUUUUGGAGAGUAAGCAUUCUGAACAGUUUGAAUAAUUUGAGAUAAAUAAUUUAGGAAUAUUGUUGAUCUGUAUGUUUACAGAUUGUUUACAAACAUCUGACACAUCUCUUGAAUUUGUUCAUUACUGAAAAUUAAUUAAUUGAUAGCUUUUACACAGUACUUGGUUUGUACACUGGUCUCAAGGAGUUCGCAGCAAGCAUUCAGCAUUUGACAUCUCAUGCAGGGUGAUUUCAUUUUCCCUGACAGAAUGAGUCUAACUCUGAGAAUCAGGCUUAUAUAUUCAAAGAUUGGGUUAUCACAUUUUUAUGGCAUUACAUUUGUUCUCCAGCAUAUAUCUGUCCAAAAAUAAAAUUCAAAUGAAUGUUUUCAGGCACAUUUUUUCUAGCAUUUGCUUAGGUCUGUUAGCAGAUAGAACGUAAAUGCUCCUCCAGUACUUUCACUCCUUGGAAGGUACUGAUGGGAAGAUAGUAUAAGUGCAGGAUGAUGUUUCUGAAAAUGAUAUGACACUAAGUAUUGUGACAAUUUCAUUAGCUGCAGAGUUCUUUAGUAGUCAGAAUCAGUCUAAUAUUUUUAUAAGUGCAAACAUUGAUGGGAUGGCUCCACUUCCUUAAUUUCCCAUCAAUCCUUUUCUCCUCCUCUUCCCAACUUCUUCCAUACCCCAAAAGGUUUCUGUCACAUUCCUCCUUUCUCCUCUCUUCAUGAAGAAAAAUAUACUAUGUGCCUGCUCCCCUCAGAUUCAUCCUUUUGGCCUCUAUAAGAAGUCCAUUUGGCAAGGAGGCACAGGUGUGGCCAUACUGGUUUAAGUUUUGUGAAGAGUCCAAAGAUUAUGCUGCUCCUAUUGAAGUAUGCAUUUGGUUAAAUCCAAUACAGAGUCUACCCCAGUGGUUCUCAAUCUUUUUCAACUUGAGACACCUCUCAUUAGACUUGAGACACCCCACAGAAUAUGUCACCUCUCAGUUUUCACUCAGUUUUUGACUGCAGAAAAAUAACAGAACAAUUCUUCUGUUGUAAGGAACUGGGAUCACAACAGGUCAAAAUGUUUUUAACAUUCUGGAUUCCUAUUUGAAAUUUCUGUGUUUAUCUUGUGAAUCAUCUUUGUACAGCUAAUAGUGCUAAUAUUGUAAGGCACCUGAGGCACCUUUGAAAGGAUCUUAGAUUACUGGAUGUGGCAGCACCCUGUUUGAAAAUUGCUUGUCUAACUCAAAUACCUUGUACAGCUGGAGAUCCUAACACAGAACUUCCUCUUCAUAAGAAGAAUUUCUUCUGAUAUAGAAUUUAUGGAGGGAAUGUAACCAGCUCCUCUGCAAAUCAUGUCCCAUUCCCUGUGGUUCAAGCACUAGUACAACCAAACUGAACUUCUUUAUGCCCAAUCUUCCAGUUAUGUAAAGGACUUUACAAAAGCAAUGCUAGCAGACUCUCCUGCUCUAACCCAUACUAGGAAUUCAUGGCCCUGAAUCCAUCAUCAUCCCUGCACCCACUUUUCAACUUGAUCUCAGAGCACAGCUGGACAUAGUGGUAAAUCAGUAUCUCUGGGGAUUUUUUUUUCUAUUUCUUGGAACUUGUAUAGUUCAGACAGAUAUAAUACAUCUGGGAUUCUCUUUGCUAAUAAAAUCCAGCUCUAAGAUACUGCUCCUGCAUCCUGCCUUGGCAGGUGAAGCAUUGUAGUGUUAGUGCUAUAAUAAUUCAGCCCUUGAGGGCACUUGAGAACAGAUCACAAAUGUGCCAUGUACAUUCUCAGUAACUGUUUCCCUGAUCAGCACAUCAGAUGUAUGUGUGGACGCCUGUAGUGCACAUGUUUCUUUAGUUUUCUGAACUAUGAACUCUGUACCCUCUAGAUCUAAAUGGCUGCAUAAAGAGUAUUGCUAUAUUGCAAGUUUUAGUUUUUCUGUUAAGAACAUAAUGUAAUGAUAUAAUCCUAAAUUUUAUUGAAUAAAAAUAAAACCUGCCUUUUCCAGAGAUAGAAACGGGCAUUACUAGAGCAGCAGACACAAAUGAGAUUAUCUAACCUGAUUUACAAACAGCCACAGUUUCACAAGAGAGGUGACACCUGUUCUGUGAUAGCGCGCAAUUAAAGGUAGUAAAACAUUCAAUUACUGUAGGUUUCUAGAAGUGGGUACUUCCUGUUGUUUUACACCGGAUGAAUUCUUAGAGCUUUAGGGAAGAUUAAACAACUGAAGCCAACCAUUCACUUGACCCUAAGGGUAAGUCUACACUGCUCUUUUAGGUCAACCCUGAGGAUCACUCUUAACCUGCCAAAGCCACAAGAGUGACCUCUCUCCACCUCUAUAUUAAAUUUCAAAAUUAUAUAAGGCUAGAAGGGAACAAUGUGAUCCUCCUACAUAACACAGGCCUUAGGACUUCUCUGAACUCAAUCCUAUUUGAAUUACAGCAUCUCUUAGAAAAACACCCAAUUAUGAUUUAAAUAUUCCCAGUAAUGGAGAAUCCUCCACAGCUAUUCUUAAGUUAUUCCAAUAAUUACCCUCCCUGUUAAAAUAUACUCAUUAUUUCUUGUAUGACAUUGUCUAGUCAAUGUAUCUUAAUAUUCCUUUAUGGCUUACACAGAAGAGACUUCUGUUGUCAAAACUGUUAUAGAUUGCGAUCAUCCUUUUAUUUUUUAUCUUUGACAAGGUGAAUCACAAAAGGAUAAGUUUGGAUAGGACACCAAGGCAUCACCUAGUCCAACCCCUAUAUUAACGUUAAAUCAAAUACACCUCAAUAAAGACUGAGUUCCUCAAGCCUCUCACUAUUAGGCAUAGUGAUCCUUUAAUAAUUUUCAUGGCUUUUCAUCAAAUCCUCUCCAAUUUAUCAAUAUCCUUCUUGAAUUGUGGAACUGGACAGAAUAUUGUAGCAGUUAUUGCAUUCAAGCAAAAUUAAGAGGUAAUGCAAACUCUCCAUUUCUAAAUACUCCCCUGUUUGUACACCUCAGGAUUCCAUUAUCUCUUUUAGCCAUAGUAUCACACUGGGAUGAUAUGUUCAAUUUAUCCUCUAUGAUUGCCAAAAAUGUCUCAGGAUCUGCUGCUUCCCAAGAAAGAAUCCAUUAUUCUGGAAGUCUGGUCUGCAUUUUGUUCCUAGAUACGUGACUUGAUGCUUGGCCAAUUUGAAAUUCAUACUGUUUGCUUGCACCCAGCUUACCCAAGGAUCCAGAUCACUCUGUAUCAGUGACCUGUUGUCUUCAUUAUUUACUGCUUCUUCAGUAUCUUGGUGUCACAUGCAUUGUGUCAUUUUGAUAAAAAUGUUAUGUAGAGUAUAAAUAAGAAGUGAUCCUAGCAUGAUGCCACUGGAAACACUUACCCAUCCAUUGAUGAAGAUUCCCUCUGCCCAGUCACAUUUGAUGCUUGUAGGUUAGCCAAUUUACAAUCCAUUUAAUGUGUGCCAGGUGGAUUUUAUUAUAAUUUUGCAAUCAAAAUGUUGUGUAGUACCAAGUCAAAUGCCUUAUAGAAGCCUAUUAGGUUGGCAUGAUUAUUAAAUACAUUUGUAGAUUAUUAAAUACGUUUGUAAUUUCAUAAAAAAUCUAGCUAGUUUGACAGGAUUUAUUUUCCAUAUAAUCAAGUGGAUAGGUAUGAAAUAAUUUAAUCUCCUUAAAUGUUUAUUGAUCAAGUUUCAUAUUAGCCUUUCCAUUAUUUUGUCUGGGAUCAGUGCUAGGAUGAAAGGCUUAUAACUACCCAGGUUAUUACAUUUACGCUUUUUAAAAUUCAUAAAAUCAUCACUGGACCUUUCUUCCAAUCUUCUGAAACUUUCCCCAUAUUCCAAGAUUUAUACAAACCAACAUGUAAUUGUUCAGAGAGCUCUUUGGCUCUUCCUUUUAAAGCUUUUGGAUUCAAAUGAUCUGGACCCACUUCUAAAAAAAGAACAAACUGUUAUUCAAUAUAUUCUUGAAAUACUACUGGAAGGGAAAGUAUUUCAUUGUAUGCUACAAUAACUAAGGACCUACCUAAAUUGUGGUUUUGCAGAUUUCACAGAAACUGCAAAAUCUGGGGCAACCCAUGAAAUCCAGGAUUGCCUGUGAAAUCUAUGGAAAAAAAACUUAAUAAAAAUAAGUUUUUAUUAAGUCUUCCCCUCCCAGGCAGGCCUUGCAGCUUGCAGUCUGCCCAGGUAGUGAAGGCACUGGCUGGUGGGGUGACACAAAGCGGGCAGCAGCAGGAUGGCUGCUGCCCCAUCUCCAUCCUCUCCUUGCCCCUGGGGCCUCUCCACCAAUUAGCGUGAAGGGGCAGGGCCAAAUGAAGAAAAGGAGGGCGGCUGCCCCCUCGUCCCUCCUCCCCUCAGGGCUUCUCUGCCAAUCACCACAGAGGGGCAGGGCCACCAUGAAAUGAACCACAAAAUGGGCUCUUCAUACUGAGACAAGCCAUGAAGAUACUGUGAGUUAAGUAGGUCCCUAAUGAGAACUACAUUCCUGUGGUUCCGGCGUUCUUGUGGUGCAAUCUUCUGGCCUUUUCCCAAAUAAGAAAUAUGUAUUGAAUAUAGCACUAGACCAACAUCUUACUUAGAUUUUUGUUUGGCUGGUUGGUUUUUCUCCUGUUGUACAUUAUUUACUUAUUUCAAUGACUGAUUUACUAUCUAAUCUGUGUAUCUAAUCUCAAGGUGUUAUUUAAAAAAUCUGUGGAGACUCUAAGUUCCCUGCUGAUCAUCUAUUCAAAUCUUCUAUUUAAAUCAGAUCAUCUACACUGGCCAUCUCUUCUUUUUGCCCCCUUCUUUGACCACCUGUUUUAGGUUGACUUUUCUGUUCUCCAAGGUAUUCAUCUGCUCAUUUUGUCAUUUUGGGUGCCUAUAGACGAGCAGGGACGCUUCACUUAAAGUGCCCAUGUUGCUACUUUUAAACUGAUACAUGAGAUGCUCUGGGCACUUGAAUCAGAGCAGCUCUUGGAGCUACUGUAAUUAACUACCCACUCCCCUCCAUGCUCAGAGCACAUGUAUAAAUGCCCUUUGUGUCUUUCUAUUGACCACAGUGAAUUUGGACCAGUCCCCAACUUGGUUGCUUCUUUGGUUUUCCCCAGACACUGCUCUCAUUCCUCUCAUCUCGGAUUUUCUUAUUUCAAGCUUACACAUUUUUAAUAUAAUUUCAUUCCAUGCAACUCAUCUUUUUUAUGUGUAUUGGCUCUCAGUCUUUUCCUUUCCUGUCUAGUUUUCCUCACAACCUUGAUCUCCAAGAUCAUCAGAUCCCCACCCAAUCUCUGAGUAGACUUAAGCUAUAGAGACCUCAAACCACUUUAUUCCUGAAUAAGAGUACUCACAUGUCAUUUACUGCUUUAACUUUUGUUCAUUGAAUUUAUGCCUUUAGUUGAUGCACCUUGUAUUUCCUGAGUGAUCCCAUGUAGAUGAGCUCUCAGAUUUGCAAAAUAACCAGUGGGGAAACUAGCUGUUAGUUUAACUACAUAACUAUAACACCGAAAACCCCACUAUCUAGGGUAUAGUUUGUAGCUGUGUUGGUGUAAGGACAUACGUAGACAAGUUUCUUUGGGUAAAUCCAAUAUCUUUUAUUAAACCAACUCAAAUAGUUGGAAAAAUUCUUCUUAGCAAGCUUUCCAGCACAAACACCCUUCAUCAGGCUGAGGAAGCAUCUGCAGAACAUCUAAAUAGUGUUCAGAUACUAGUGGUAGACCAUCUGCAGAUGCUUCCUCACCCUGAUGAAGGGUGCUUGUGCCAGAAAGCUUGCUAAGAAGAAUUUUUCCAACUAUUUGAGUUGGUCUAAUAAAAGAUAUCGGAUUUACCCAAAGAAACUUGUCUGCCACUAGUAUCUGAACACUGUUUAGGACUCUGCUACUUACUGCUGGUUAUGAUGUUAAUCUGAUCUAUGCUGACCCAAUUUACUGUCAUUUUCUAUCAUUAUUACUGAUUAUUUGUUUAAGUUACUACUCAUCAACAUAAACUGAGAAAAAAGACUGUAUUUUUAAAGGUAUUAUUUGUACAAUGUUAAAUUUUCUCCUAGUUUGAUUUGUCCUAAGAAAUUGUUAUCCUUCUUUUCAUUUUCUUCAAUUGAUCCAGUAAUUAUUAGUCAUUCAUUGAUACAGAUAGAUGCAAGCUUCAUAAAUAAGUAUUUUCAUCAUGUAAUAUGGGGAAAAUAUGUAAAGGAAAUGGCAAUUAAGGACAAUCUUCUUUUCUACAAGUGGUUAAAAAUGUGCAUAUAUAUUACUGAUAGCUAAUGCUACUUAGAGUUAAUUGUACAGUACAGUGAUACUUCAUGAAGUUUAGGAUUCCCUUUAACUUAUCUCAAUACAGAGGAAGAAUUGUUUUGGUGUUAUAUAUUUGCACUUCAGUAGUCCAUAAAUAUCAAUUUAGCAACAGCUCUACAAACCAGUAUCUACAAAACAGAUAAGAUAAGCAAAUAAUAAUUCAUAAGCUCAGUCUAAUAAAAAAAAAAAUCUAUUAUUGCACUUUCAAUUUAUGGAAAUACUGUUUAUACCAGCAAAAAUGUUGUCAGGUGGCUGUUAAAGUGAUAUUUUAAUGUAAAUAGUUCAAAAUAGGAAUGUCAUUUGGUUGAAUUGUUUGUAAAAGAUUUAUAUUUUAGCAUUUUUAAUAAAAGAGUUUUAAAAGCA